CACAAAAUGCCGUCAGAGUCCAAACCUUUGUUGACAGCUCAAACAGAAAAGCCAAAUCAUUACUCAUAUUUGAAAGAAUUUCGAGUCGAGCAAUGCCCGCUCUUCUUACAACACAAAUGUACACAGCAUCGACCAUUCACCUGUUUUCAUUGGCAUUUCAUGAAUCAAAGACGACGACGACCAGUACGUCGCAGAGAUGGGACAUUUAAUUAUAGUGCCGAUAAUUAUUGCACAAAAUACGACGAAACCACUGGGAUUUGCCCCGAUGGAGACGAUUGUCCUUAUUUACAUAGAACGGCGGGUGAUACGGAAAGGCGAUAUCAUCUUAGGUAUUAUAAAACGUGUAUGUGCGUUCACGACACAGAUUCUCGGGGGUAUUGCGUAAAAAAUGGUUUACAUUGCGCUUUCGCUCACGGUAGUCACGAUCAUCGUCCUCCCGUUUACGAUAUAAAAGAAAUACAAGCUCUAGAAGCUGCCGAAGCGGAAGGUAGCGGAUCCUCGAACGGUCCAAACGCUUUGGACAAAGAAAGAAAUUUAAUGAAUGAAGAUCCUAAAUGGCAAGAUACGAAUUUCGUUUUAUCAAAUUACAAAACAGAACCUUGUAAAAGGCCGCCUAGAUUAUGCAGACAAGGUUACGCUUGUCCCCAAUAUCAUAAUAGUAAAGAUAAAAGGAGGAGCCCUCGGAAAUUUAAAUAUAGAUCGACGCCUUGUCCUAACGUAAAACACGGAGAAGAAUGGGGGGAACCGGGUAAUUGUGAUGCGGGUGAUUUAUGCUCGUAUUGCCAUACUAGGACCGAACAACAAUUCCACCCGGAAAUUUACAAGAGUACAAAGUGUAAUGACGUUCAACAAUCUGGUUACUGCCCUCGAGGGGUUUUCUGCGCUUUCGCGCACGUGGAACAGGAAUUGGGGGUUUCGAGGGAAACUGGAGAAAGCGGUACAAAUCUAGCGGAUAUAUUAUCGAAUGUACUUCCGCAGAGCGGCGUCGAGUUGAAAUUAAAAGAAAAAAGCAGUGAUAGUUCUAACGGUUGUAGCGAAGUAAGCGAAUCGUCUUCGACUUCUUCGGAAAUAGGGAAUUCGAUAAGCAAUUUAAAUAGUAGUUUAAUAAACUCUAAUGUAACUAGCACGACAAAUAAAGCUCCGGGAUCUCAACUUACCCACAAACCGGUGCCAUUCCAGGGUAGGCCGACGAUGGGGUUGGAAUUAACGAAUAAAUUGUUGGCUAUCGAGAAAGAUCCGACGUUGGAUGCUAUAGAAAGGGAGCAGAGGAAGCAGACUUUGUGUUUCGCUUAUACUAGUUUAGGGAGUUCGUUUUUUGGUAGAGGAAACGAAACUGUAGAGAGCGUAGUAGGUAACGCAUUAGAAGAACUAAAUUUAGAAGAUUCGUUAAAUUUAUCGGGAGCCUUGGACAGGGAUCUGGACGCCGAUUCGCCGACUGUUUCGAAUUCGAUAUCGGUGGGAUUGGCGUCUUCGGCCGGUUUAUUGGGCAGUUCGGCACCCGUCAACAUUCCCGGAUCGACGCGAUCCGCCCUCGGCGGUUUCAGUCCGCAAGGCAACAGUCCUAUGCAACCGUUUCUAUCUGCUACCAGAUUCUCCCAAUCGGACAUCGAUUUUUUGAAUCAUUCGCAGAUCAGUUCGAGCGCCUCGAAAAUCAACAACUAUCAGAGUUUCUUCGAUUUCCAAUCGCAAACUAGUAUAUCGCCCAAUUCGAGGAAUCACAACAAUUUCAGCAGCAUGUCGCCGAGUAUCAACAGCAAUUUGGAGGUGGUCAGGUUGAGGGAAGAAUUGGGUAGCUAUAGGUUGCAGUUGAGUAAUUGGGAGGAUCGUUUUCAACAGGCGAGGACGGCGUGCGACGCUUGGCAAAGGGAGGCCGAAGAGGCUAAUAGGAAGGCCCAACAGGCCGAAAGUAAAUUCGGCGAAACUUUGACGCAAUAUAAUAACGUUAAACACGAAUUGGAACAGUUACAAGGCGGACCUCACAUUAGAAGUAUAACAAAGGUAUCGGAAUUGAGUAAAUUAUCACUCGGCGUGUUGAAAAGUCUUCACGCCCAACUCCGACAAGAUCUCGAAGAAAUAGAGAAAGUUUUAUAUAGAGAAACCGCCUCGAAAUGCAUGGUAUGCGAAGAACGUAAUAGGACGGUAACGUUGAGUUGUAAUCAUUUCGUAUUGUGCGACACGUGUUCUAGCACCCAAACCGAAUGCCCCUAUUGUCAAACGCCAAUUAAUCUCAACAAUAUGUGAAGACGGGGUAAUUAGGCUUGCAAAAAGGGGCCGCCCCCGCUCUCCUUUUCAACCCAUAACCACCCUCCCCCUCACCAACCCUACCUCCAAGGGGGAACGGAGCGUCGGGACGGCCGAGAUUUUUUUCGUUCUUUUUGCAAUUUAACAAAUUUUUUAAAUUUUAAGAUAAUUUUGUUUAAAAUAGGUUUAUUCGACGAUUUAUUAUUAUUUUUUUGUUUUUAUUUUUCUCUCUCUCUCCAUUAUUAUUAUUAUUAUUAUUAUUAUUUGAUAAUUGUAAGUCUGGGCGUGAUUUUUUUUCUCUUUUUUUUUGUUUUUUUUCCAAUUUUAAAUGGUUCGUGAAAAUGUGUUUGUGCAUCACUUUGUACGUAAGUUGUUCGUUCGGCUAAAAUGUAUUUUUUAAAAUAAAAAUGAAGAAUUAUUAUGUAUAUGUGAGCGGUGUGUGGCGAGGCGGAAAAAAUUUAUUUAAUUACACGAUUUAUCGAUUUUUCCUUUUUUUUUUUUUCAAUUUUCAAUUUCGUUUUUAAUUGAAAUUUUUAAAUAUUCCAUUUUUUUUGGAAAAAAAAUGAUAGUGAUGAUUAAACACCCUGUAUGUCUUUAAAUAUCAAAGAAUCUGGUUUUUAUCACUUUUUGAUCGAAAUUUUGAGAUAUUUCCUUUUUUUUUUUGGAAAGAAAAUUAUAAUGAUGAUUAAACAUCCCGUAUAUUGUUAUAUAUCGAAAAAAGCGAUUUUUCCCUUAUUUUGUGAUAGAAAUUCUCAAAUAUUUUGUUUAAACACGUAUAUCGUUAAAUAUCAAAAAAAAUUAUUUUCUUCACGAUUUUCUUUCGAAAUUUUCUAUUAUUUUGUUUAAAACACUCGGUAUAUUGUUAUAUAUAGAAAAAAUCGAUUUUUUGUCAUUUUACGAUCGAUAUUCUAAAAUAUUUUGUUUAAACACCCUGUAUAUCGUUAAUAUCCAUAAAUUUCAUUUUUUGGUCAUAUUCGAUGGAAAUGUUCAAAUAUAUCUUUAAAUAUAGAAAAAAAUAUUUUCAUUGCGAUUUUUUCGUAAUUUUUCCUUCGAAAUGUUCGAUUAUUUUCUUUUAAAACACCCUGUAUAUUGUGACAUAAGAAAAAAAGCGCUUUUUUCACUCUGUAUAUCUUUAAAUAAAGAUAAAGUUCAUUUUUUGAUGGAAAUUUUCGAAUAUUUUCAUUAAACACCCAGUAUAUCGUUGAAUAUCAAAGAGUCUGAGAUUUUAUCAUUUUGUGAUCGAAAUUUUGAAAUAUUUUGUUUAAAACACCCUGUAUAUCGUUAAAUAUCAAAGAGUUUUAACUCACCUUGUAUAUAUAUACAUAAUAUAUAAAUGUAAUUUUAAUAGUAAAUCCUAUAAAAUAAAAAUAAUGAAAAAAUGAAAUAAAGAAAAAUUUACAUAUACAGGUAUGUCUGCCUUUUUUUUUUCAAAAAAAAUAAUUUUUGGAUUUAAAAUUUUUCUAAAUUAUUUAAUGCCAUAACGAUAAUAUCGUGUAGUUAAAUAACUGUUUUAAUUAAAAAGCAUUUCAAUAGACUUUUUAUGUUUCUUUUUUUAAAUUUUGAUAUACUCUAUCCCCACUCCUAUUUUAUUUAGAUCCAUAUUAAAGUUUUGACGUCGAUCAGAAAGAUUUUCAUUCGAAAUUUUUUAUUUAUAAUAAUAAUAAUAAAAAAUGAAAACAGUAUUUUUAUGAAACAACAAAGGAAAAUAUAAAAAUUAAUAUUGGUAUGAGUUUAAAAAAAAAUAAAAGUAAUUUGACGAUAUUUUUAAUAGAUAUAGAUUCUUUUUUAUUUAAUACAAAAAUGUAUUAAUUUCUCAUAAAUAAUAAAUGUUAUUAUUAGUAAUAACUAUUAUAUAUUUUUUUUUACCCCCCUUUAAUAUUCGAUAUAUUCCACCAAAUCACUUUAUUCGCGUGAAAACGCGAAUUUAUAAAAAAUUUAAAAUUGAUAUGCCCAAAUAAAAAUGGGUUCAUUCCACCAAAAAAUAUUAAAAAAAUCAAAAUCGGACUUUAAUACGGUUUAUUCCACCAAAAGAUAGUAAAAACAGUUGUAAUAUAGUUAAUUCUACCAAACACUAGUGUUCCAAAAACUACACGUAUUUCCAAAUUUAAUUUUAAACAUCGUGUUUUUUAACGUAUUUUAUUUUGUUUUUUUGUAAAUAUACUUUUUUUAAAUUUUUAUUUUUUAGAGAAAAAAAUUUUAAUAUGGACUUUUAAUUACUUGGAAUAUUAUCGAUUCAAUAAUUGCUGCAGUCCCCCACAUAUCAGAAUUUAUUUUUACGUUAAAUAAAAAAAAAUGAAUAUAUACUUAUUGUUUUUCUUUUUUUUUAUUUUAAUUUUUAUUAUUUUAUGAAAGUUUUGGAAAAUAUUAUGCAGCAUAAUACUUACGUUCAAAAUAUUUAUAUUUUUUUAUUGUAUCAGACUGAUAUUGACAUAUUUUUUUUAGUGAUGUUAAUGUUUAGGUGACACGUAAAAAAAAAGAUUUAAAACAACUAAAGCCUAGCUUAUUUUCGUACUAUGUAUAUGAUUAUAAUUUAUAAAAUCGAAUGAUAUUAAAGUAUGAAACAAAAA